AUGUGGGAGGUGAAGCUGGAGCCCGACGUCAUCUUCAGCUACAGUGCUGGGAUCAGCGCGUGCGGGAAGGGCGAGCAGUGGCGACGGGCACUGGCGCUGCUGAGCGAGAUGUGGGAGGCGAAGCUAGAGCCCAACAUCGUAAGCUACAACGCUGGGAUCAGCGCUUGCGAGAAGGGCGAGCAGUGGCAGCGGGCACUGGCGCUGCUAAGCGAGAUAUGGGAGGCGAAGAUGGAGCCCGACGUCAUCAGCUACAGCGCUGGCAUUAGCGCUUGUGAGAGAAGCGAGCAAUGGCAUCGUGCUUUGGCUCUGCUCGGCGAGAUUUGGGAGCUGAAGUUGGAGCCCGACGUCAUCUGUCCUACUGCUGGAAUCAGCGCGUGCGAGAAGGGCGAUCAGUGGCGGCGGGCUUUGGCGCUGCUCAGCGAGAUGCGGGCUGCGGUGUUGGAGCCUCGUGCCUUCAGCUACAGCGCUGGCAUCAGCGCUUGUGAGACAUGCGAGCAGUGGCAUCGAGCUUUGGCGCUGCUCGGCGAGAUGUGGGAGGUGAAGUCGGAGCCUGACGUCAUCAUCUACAGCGCUGGCAUCAGCGCUUGCGAGAAGGGCGAUCAGUGGCAGCGGGCGCUGGCGCUGCUGAGCGAGAUUCGGGCUGCGGUGUUGUAG